AUGGCUGACAGGUUUCCCUCCUUGGACGAGAUCGACGCAGGUCAGACAGAGGCAAGAGGACAGGCUGGCUUUGAUCUAGUCGGCGACUCAGCCGACGGUGAUGACUUUCUCUCCCGCGAACGUGCUGCGCUGGGCGACGACGCCAAUCAGUUUGCUUCUCCCAACGACAACCUCGCAGCUACGGUCGAGGACGGCGAUGAUGAUCUUCUGGGUGGAGGUAGCUCAUAUCAACCACCGGGAAAUGCCGAGGAGAUGUCAUUCAACAACGACUUUCCUGCGAUAGACACAUCUAAUGAACACAUGGCUCCUGGCGGCACCAUCACUGGAACUUCGAUGCCGUUCCUCCCCGGCGCGCCGCAGACCACAGCGUCGUCUUAUAUUCCGCAAUCAAACGAGCCCGAGCCAGAAGUAAUCCGAGAAUGGCGUGAGAAGCGCGACCUCCAAGUUCAACACCGCGACGAGGUAUCUGCAAACCGCAAGGCCGAGGCCAUCAAAGCCGCUCACGAGCAGAUUGACGACUUCUACGAGAACUACAACAACAAGAAAGAGAAACAGACUGCACAGACCCGCCGCGAGGCUGAAGACUUUAUCAAGAGCCGUGAAGACACUACGGCGGGUGGCACUAGCUGGGAGCGUAUUGCGAAGCUUGUUGAUCUGAGUGGAAAGGGGACCCGUGGGGGCGGCAGUGGGACAGAAAAGCAAAGAUUCCGCGAGCUGCUCUUGAGCCUGCGAAAAGAUGAGAAAGCUCCCGGUGCGAGCGGUGUAUAG